CUUUGAUGGCCACCCUUUUUCAAAAGAUGAUCUGUAUCUUCUUUCUCGGUCAACCAUUAUUUUCUAUUGUUUCAUAGCAAGAGCAAGAUGACAAAGAUGAACCUGGUAACUGUCGUUUCAGCGGCAGCCGCCCUGUUGGCACUGUCCUCAUUUUCUGUAGAAGCCUUUCUCCCCGGCUCCAUUGAAUGGCGUUCCCAUACAGCUACCGCCAGUAGGAGAGUGUCGUUGGCCCGUUUUGUUCUGGCAGAUCCUCCCUCAUCGACGACCACGACAACAUCAAGCCAAAAGGAAGAAGGAGGUCUGCCGCCCAUUCGCCGACUCCGCCGAGACAAGAAGGAACCGUUGAUUGCCAUUGUGGGUCGUCCAAAUGUCGGUAAAAGUGCUCUUGUCAAUCGAAUUGCUGGAACUCAAUCGGGUGGAGCCAUUGUGGCCGAUGAAAGUGGAAUCACCAGAGAUCGAACUUACCGACAGGCAGAGUUCCUAGGAGAGAAAUUCCAAGUGUGCGACACGGGUGGUUUGGUGUUUGACGACGACGAAGGGACUAUUUUCGCCAAGGAAAUCCGAGAGCAAGCCAUGCUGGCCAUUGACGAAGCUGCGGCGGUUCUGUUUGUCGUGGAUGGACAGAAAGGACUCACCGCCAUGGACUCUGCCAUUGCCGAGUUCUUGAGAAAGGAAGUCUCCAAUCACAUUCCCGUACUCGUCGCCGUCAACAAAUGCGAGAGCGAACGUACAGGCGCCGUGGCAGCCGCGGAAUUUUGGGAGUUUGGACUGGGGGAACCAGUAGCCGUAUCGGCAUUGCACGGGUCCGGGACAGCCGAGUUGCUCGAAAACAUGUUUGCCAAAAUUGACACACAAAAAUCUGCCAUUCAAGGAUUUGGAACUAAAGUCAAAAAUCUAAAAGCGGCCAAACAAGCCAUGAAUUCCAAAGUGCCGCUGCCAGGUGAAGAUGAGGAGGAUUUUAGACUCCGAAAAAAAUAUGGUCUUGGUGAUCUGGCUGUCAAAGUGGAGGAAGAUUAUGAUGCUGCGCUGGCGGCAUUCGACAACGAACAAAGACCAGAGGAAAUCAACAUUGCAAUCAUUGGAAGGCCCAACGUGGGCAAAUCUUCCUUUCUGAAUGCGGUAUUUGGAGGUAUGAGAGCUAUUGUCUCGGAUAUAGCUGGAACCACACGCGAUUCCAUUGAUGCCGUCAUGGAGAGACCGCCUCCUCCUGGAAGUGACGAACAAUCCACCAUUUAUAGAUUCGUUGACACUGCGGGAAUCAGGAGAAAGGGAAAAGUACACUUUGGACCUGAAUUCUUCAUGGUCAAUAGGGCUCUUCGGGCCAUUCGCAGAGCUGACAUUGUUCUGCUCAUGCUGGAUGCCACGGCAGGUGUGACAGAACAAGAUCGAGUAUUGGCGCAAAGGGUCGCCGAUGAUGGACGCGCGUGUUUGAUUGUAUGCAAUAAAUGGGAUGCGGUUGUAGAUAAGGACUCGACAACAUACGACAAAUCCGUCAAGUACAUGCGGGAGGAACUCCCGCAAAUCAGGUGGGCUCCCAUCAUCUUUGUUUCGGCAGCCACUGGACAACGUGUUGGAAAGAUAUAUGGAGAAAUUGAUGAAGCCAUCCAGGCACACAGGAAACGAGUAUCAACAUCCAUUCUCAAUGAAGUGCUUCGUGAUGCUGUCCUCUGGCAGCCACCUCCUGCUCGCCGAAAUGGCGCCCAGGCCAAGAUAUAUUACUGCAAUCAAGUCAGCGUCCGGCCCCCCACCAUUGUCGUCUUCUGCAACGACCCAAAGUUGGUCAACGACAACUAUCGACGAUACCUCGACAGAAAGUUUAGAGAAAAUCUAGAUGGAUUUGAAGCCACUCCUAUCCGUUGGAUAUUCCGAGGGCGACGUGCUCGAGAUGUCAUGAGAAGUCGAAACAUGAAUGGAGCACCCGGGGACGGUGGCACUGGAACUAGCUUUCCUUACCCUCAUGCAGAAUAAGUUUAUAGCAGCAGCUUCGUCAUUCCUAAUAAACGAGCUUUUAGUGGUGGCCGACAUGUUACUUGCCCAGACAAUUGAGUUUUGAAUGUGCUGUUGUUCUAGCCAGCUACGGUAGAUCACGCACACGUACAAGGUCAUCUUCCUCCUUACACAAAGUCAGCAAACAACGGCAGAACAUUUGAUGCCGGUAUCACUCCCAACAAGCACGUUGGAUCUUGCAUUUUGACAGUGCCCGCUUGAAUGAUUCAAUCCAUCAGUAUUUAUUGAACCACGCGGGUCCCUGGCUUGUUGCUUGUUGUGAGAUUUCUUGGAUGUUUAGAGCGAGCUACUUGACGCUCCUGUUUGAAAUGACUCUUAGUACGAAUUCCGCAACGCCAUCCAGGAUCCAUUCUUACAACUGCCCGCAGCCAAUCUGUUUGCUGAAGUUGUCAUCCAGCAAUGGUGCCAUACCCAACUACCCAACACCACAUCCUCAUUCAAUGUGGUCCGCUUUGUGGUUGGUUUCGGUCUUCGGUCUCAGCUUCACACACGUUUCAAUAUCC